UCAAAUGAAGUGAAAAUCUGGAUUUGAGGUAGGGUCGUGGCCAUUUUACAUUAAUUCACCUCAAAAAAUCGCGAAAAUUUACGUCGAUCGCGCGCUAAUAUCCGCGAAAUUUCGCCGUUAGUGUGUAACGGACUGUUUUUACGUAACGGAACGGACGUUGAGGUGGAAAUAUGCCAGUGUUUAGUUGGUGUUGACACAGGACAAUUAUUAUUAUUGUGACAUUCGUUGCCUCCGCCGCUGUUGCAACCGAGAAUAAACUUGGUGCUUUAGGCGGAGCGUGGAAAUUAAAGUCGAAGCCCUGGAAGGUUUAAAAGUGCAAACCAUGGGCAACAAUGCCGCUACGGCGAACAAAAAGGUCGAUUCCGCGGAAUCAGUCAAGGAAUUUCUUGACCAGGCCAAAGAGGAUUUCGAGGAAAAGUGGAAGAAAAAUCCCACGAACACCGCAUCGCUCGACGAUUUCGACCGAAUUAAAACAUUAGGCACCGGAUCAUUCGGUAGGGUGAUGAUAGUACAACAUAAACCCACCAAAGAAUACUAUGCGAUGAAAAUACUCGACAAACAAAAAGUGGUAAAACUAAAACAAGUGGAACAUACUUUGAAUGAGAAGAGAAUUUUGCAAGCGAUCAGUUUUCCUUUUCUUGUGAGCCUCAGGUUUCAUUUUAAAGACAAUUCAAACCUGUACAUGGUACUUGAAUAUGUGCCUGGUGGUGAAAUGUUUUCUCAUCUGCGGAAAGUUGGUCGGUUCUCUGAACCCCAUUCCAGAUUUUAUGCCGCUCAGAUUGUCCUUGCUUUUGAAUACCUUCAUUACUUAGAUCUGAUAUACAGAGAUCUGAAACCUGAGAACCUGUUGAUAGAUUCUCAAGGAUACCUUAAGGUUACCGAUUUUGGUUUUGCUAAGAGGGUUAAAGGUCGUACUUGGACCUUGUGCGGGACACCCGAGUAUUUAGCACCCGAAAUUAUCCUGAGCAAGGGAUACAAUAAGGCAGUCGAUUGGUGGGCCUUGGGUGUAUUGGUGUAUGAAAUGGCUGCGGGCUACCCUCCUUUCUUCGCAGACCAGCCUAUACAAAUUUAUGAGAAGAUUGUUUCUGGCAAGGUGCGUUUUCCAUCCCACUUUGGUUCUGACCUGAAGGAUUUGCUGCGAAACCUUUUGCAAGUGGAUUUGACUAAACGAUAUGGCAACCUUAAAGCAGGUGUGAACGACAUUAAAAACCAUAAAUGGUUCCAGUCAACAGAUUGGAUUGCCAUUUUUCAAAAGAAAAUCGAGGCGCCGUUUAUUCCUAGAUGUAAGGGCCCCGGAGAUACCAGCAACUUUGACGACUAUGAAGAAGAGGCCCUUCGCAUAUCAUCUACCGAGAAAUGCGCUAAAGAGUUUGCGGAAUUUUAAGGGAUUAUUGAAUUCUGCGUGUAAGUAGCCUUGCCACACUCUCAGGCUAAUGAUAGACUGCCGUUUGCCAUGGCUCUUCCAAAUCGCCCUGUGCUUAAUGAUUGGUCCCUCUGCAUAGUACAGAUGGGAGUCUGAACAGUUCUAUUGUUUAGUGGUGUCAGUGAAAAAAAAAAGUAGAGAUCCACCUGUCAUACCAAUUGCAGUUUGAGCUUUCGUAUUGGGUAUAUUAGCUUUAUUCCAGUGAUAUUUAUAACAUAUAUAUUUAAAUUUAAAUUUUCUAUUUGGCAUUGUCGGAAAACAAUAGGUCUGCUCCGAUCGAUAACUGUUUGAAAAAUUUAUGGUAGAAAGCUAAUGUCAGGAUUUGUGAUGGAGAUAUUUAGUGUAUAUUUUAUCUAUUAUUUAUUAGACCUUAAUGUAUAUAUUGUAUAAUAGCUGAUAGCACAUAGCACUAUUUACAUUAAAUAGCGCAUCAAGUUAAUGUUGGUCGUUCCAAUGCAGAGGAUCCAAUUUAUAGAUUUCGAUGAAUUAGUAAGCAUUGGUAACCAUUAUCAUUAAGUCCGUCUCAGUACGCGCUUUUUACUUCUGUGUUUUUUUUUCAUUUGCAUCAGAGCAAAGCAUCCGAGUGAAUAUAAUAUUUUAAAUACAAGGUCAUUGUAUGCAGACCUUUUCGUGGAAUGUUUUCUAAUAUGAAAUAGGAGGUAACGGAUACCCGACGAGGUAUAAUUGGAGAUAAUUAUGUUUUCCAAUCAAAAGAUUAAAAAAAACUGUCCGCAUACGUUUUUCAUUUUCGAAAACUUUGCUAGACUUUGUAUGAAACGAGAUUUUGCCGUACUUUCAUAGAUUAUUUCCUCGCUGUGAACGUUGCCGUUUUGCAACAAUUUAAUGAAAUUUAACGUAAGCGCGUUUUACGUCAGUCGCUAUUUGAAUUAUUCUAACUGCCCGAACCGACCGUUGACACCGACUUGGCGGAGCACUCCCUUGAAACGUUUGGGUUAUAAUUCUAUGCAAAUUUAAGUAACAUUCGGUAAAUCAAAUUGGGAAAAUAAAAAACAUGUUUUUUGUGCAGGAAGUAUUUUUUAAUCUUUUGAAUUUUUGAAAAUAGUUCGUUUUUUUUUGUAUUUUUGGUGAAGGUUGAAGGCCUUCCAUUGAAGAAACCAAUGAGGUAUCAAGGUGAGUUUUAUUAUGGAAUCGUAGAAAUCCUAGUCAAUUUUGUUGUUAUCUUUUUAUUGCUUAGUUCAAAGUUUAAAAGUAACUAUAUAUUCUAAUCAGAGAGAAUUUUAAAAGUCCAGUAUAUUACACCUACUACAUACCUACUUGUAAGGAAAAGUACAACUAAAAAAUUAUUCGAUCAACUUUGUAUUUAUUUGUUUAAGUAUAAUUGAAUUCGAUGAUCUGAUUUGUUUAAUAGGUCCCUAGAAAAACGCAACAGUUUUAACUGUGUUGCUACUGGUAGAAGUAAAAAAUCUUGUGAAUUUCGGUAAACAUUUUUCCGUGCCCCUUGAUUAUGUUAGUAUAUAGAUAUGUACAUAUUGUUCUACGCUAAUUGUUUUGAUAUAUUAGCCGCACAUACAGGAACCAAUUAAAUUGCGGUUUACAUGAUACGCGAAACGCCUAACCAGACGAUUUAACAGGUACCUGUUGUGCAUUUAUUUAAAAUUUGUUCUAUAUACUACACUCACAGUUUACAGAUAUAUAAAUUUGCGCAAAGUCCGUCUUUUGGCUACCUAAUUUAAAACAUAAAUUAGAACGCACGGAUUUAUAUUUGUUAUGGACGUUUUUCAAGCAACUUUGUAAAUCAAAGGUAUUCUUUUUUUAUAUUUCGUGUCUGUAAUCGCUUACAAUAAUUUUAAAUAUGAAAUUGUCGACGGUUUUGUUCAUGACGCGAAUAAUCUUUUUGCAUGGUAACGCAACGACAUUAAGAAACGAGCGUGGAUUUUGUCGAGUUGUAAAUUGACGCUAAUUUAAUGUCGGACAAUAAUUGUUAUCCUAUUUUGCGACAUUGUCAGAGCGUUAUCGAGUUACAUUUCUUGCUUUGUUUCAAAUUUGCUAAAUUAUUUUAUGCGCAAUGUAACAAAUACGUCAUUGUAGCAUAUUAUAAUAAACUGCGGAGGCCUUUUUGCCGUCGCAUUAUUGGAAAAUGUUGAUACUUUUCUUUCGCGCGCGACACCAACUUUCCCUAUACAAAACCGUGCGAUUUUUCCCGUGAGAUGUUAAGGUUGCAGUUCGAUUUUGUUGCUCAAGUUACGUUUUCAUUAUUUUUAAUGUUGAUUUUGACUUAAUCAUCUAGUAAAAUUAGCUGAAUGCAGUUAUAAUAAUUGUGAUAAAUUUCAAUAAAUUGGUGUAAAAUGAGUUCGUCUUUGCUUGCCGG